AUAUAAACAUGUAAAUAUAAAGAUAUGAUGCAGGACACGUCUCAUUUCAAAGUGUCUGAGUGGUUAAAUAUUCAUGCAGACAUGUUUCAUACACGUCUUAAAUUAACAUUUAUGCUUUCGCUUUCACUCUAAACAUGACGGCUUGUUGCUAUGCAGAUUUGGAAAGAUAAAUUCAUCUGUUUUGUAACUGGGCAGACCAGGAAAACGGGUCCAAUCAAAAUAAUCGCUGUCAGAAAAAUAAUUCUGCUCGACCAAUGACAUUUCGCCCACUUUUGGUAUCCGGGUGGAUUUACGGCCGCCCAGCAAUCGGAUUGGACGUUGGCUUUGUAGUCAGGCAGACAUAACGAAGUCGUCCAAUCACAAAAAAAUCUGAAAGGGGAUUUUUGCUGUAUCUUGGCUCAGAUGGUGGUUCUCAGCACCGGUUAGUCGGUCCAGAUGUCGGAGGACCAGCGGCUCCAGCGGGCCGAAGCCUCCCGACGGGGGGAGGCCAGUCUGGAGGCGGGGGAGGGCGACACGGAGCCGAGCAUGCUGCUGCAGAAACUCAAGAGCAACAUCUCUAAGACUGUCCAGACCAAAGUGGAUCAGAUCCUGCAAGACGUUCAGCGUUUCUCCGACAAUGACAAGCUGUACCUGUACCUCCAGCUGCCCUCGGGACCCAGCGUCGGGGACAAGAGUGGCGGCGACUCCAGUUCGUUCAACACAGCUGACCAGCUUCACACCUGCAACUGGAUCCGCAGUCACCUGGAGGAGCACUCGGACACCUGUCUGCCCAAACAGGACGUCUACGAGACCUACAAGAGAUACUGUGAGAAUCUGCAGCACCGCCCACUGAGCGCCGCCAACUUCGGGAAGAUCAUCAGAGACAUUUUUCCCAACAUCAAGGCCCGGCGGCUCGGCGGCAGAGGACAGUCCAAGUACUGUUACAGCGGCAUCAGGAGGAAGACGGUUCUGAACAUGCCUCUGCUGCCCAACCUGGACCUGAAGAAUGACCCGGCCGAGCUGACCGAGCUGGUCCAGACGUACAAACAGGAAGUGACUGAGGCGGCGUGCGAGCUGAUCUGUGAUUGGGCGCCAGAAGAUCCUGAAGCGUUCGUUCGACACGGUGGUGGAGAUCGCUCGCUACCUGAUCCAGGAGCACAUCGUCAACCUCGCUGCAGCCAGGCGGAGCUCGUCAACUCAGCAGCACUCGCAGGUGGAGGAGGAAGUACUCGGAUACUGAUGCCGCUAAGGGACAGUGGAGACUCUUCGUCCUCGUCUUCAUCGAAGCUGCCGUCCGGAGACAAAUCCGCUGCAGCGGUCAAACCUUCCUCGCGUGGACGCUCCUCCUCCCUCCUCCUCCUCCUCUCCUCCUCUCUGCGUCCUGCUGUACGUUGA